GAUCCGGACCCGAAAAGAACAAAUCCGAACUCGAACCGAAAAUUGCUAAGUACCUAUUGAAUUCAAAUGUUUAGGAUCCGAAGAAUACGGACCCGAAAGAAACCGGUCCGAACCCGACCAGAUACAUAAACUCCCAGGCCUACUAAAUUUAGUUUAGUGCAUUUUCUUUCUUUCGUUUUAUGUUUAUGCUUCGUUUUAAAAUAAAAUUAAGAAAACAUUUAUCAUAACGAUGAAUAAAAUUAAGAAACCGGUUUCAUUUGUAUUAUAUCUACGACUAAUAUGUUAGCUGCAAAACCAAAGGUAAAAUCACUUCAAAAUCUUCUUAAUUUAAAGACUUCUACUGAUAUAUGUAUACUAACUGUAACAAGAUCCGACAAGAUGAAUUUUUCUCGUACCAAUUCAAUAGUCUUGACUCGAUAUAUCUAUCUUUAUUGUUUCGUCUCGAUAACAUGUGCAUGGCUAAUUAGAUGACUAUAUUUAGCUAUACUGAUUACAUAAAUGGAUAUUUAUUUUAAUUAUGUUUAUGUAUUUUUGGCUUAAAAUGUUUAUUUAUUUUUACUAAUUUAUUGACAAAAAGUAAUAUCAAUAUUUUGAAUAGAUAGAAAACAAAAUGCUAAUUAUAAAAAAGUACGAAUUAUUAGAUCCAAUCUGGCUAUAUAACCGAUUUAUGGUCAAAUCCGGUUCAAUCAUUAGGUCGGUUCAGUUUUAAAAACAAUGGAAAAAAAAAAGUUAACUUACCAUUAACAAUGCGAAUAUUCACGUCUCAAUUAUUUGUUUUCUUGUUGUUAAUAAAGGAAAGAAUAAUGGGCCUUUUCGUCAAUUAACAAAAAACCAAUCGGGUCAAUAACGGAGAUAACUCAUCCGGUGACCUUAUCUCUUCGCCGGUGAGAAAAUCUCAGAUCUACAAAACAUUCCAAUUUCACAUCUUUCACCUUCUCCGAUCUAAGUUAUGGAGGAAGAAGACGAGACUCAGUCAUCUCCAGUAGAUUCCUCGUCACCACCAGCUCCUUCCUCUCCCCCAGUUUUACCCGCAAGCAACGUCACGGUGGCCUCCGUAACAAAACCGCCUCCCUCCUCUCAGUCUCCGUCUAGAAACGCGUUGGCUUUAGCUGUCCACACUCCCUCCGUCACCGUGAACAAAAACGGACGAAUCGGAGGAGGAGGAGGAGGAAGAGACGACUGUUGGAGCGAGGAAGCGACGAGAGUUCUAAUCAACGCGUGGGGGGAUAGGUUCGCUGAGCCGGGGAAAGGAACGUUGAAGCAGCAGCAGUGGCACGAAGUAGCUGAGAUCGUGAACGGGAGCGGUCAGUGCAAGUACACCAAGACAGAUGUUCAGUGUAAGAACAGGAUCGAUACGGUUAAGAAGAAGUAUAAGCAAGAGAAGGCCAAGAAUGGGCCUAGCAAAUGGGCCUUCUUCAAAAAGCUCGAGUCUUUGAUCGGUGGAGGUGGUGGUGGGAAGGCUCCGGUGGUGGGAGCACGUAGCUCGGGUCCGAUGCGGUGGCAUUUUAGGAAACGGAGUGCUUCCGAGACUGAGUCUGAGUCUGAACCUGAGCACUCAGCUGAGAGUCUUCCUCCACCGUUACAACCUUUGCCGAAGCGGUUGAAGAUGGGUGAGUCUGGAGUUGGAGAAGUGGCGAAGGCGAUUCUUGGGUUUACUGAGGCGUAUGAGAAGGCGGAGAGUGGGAAGAUUAAGCUGAUGUUGGAGUUGGAGAAGGAGAGGAUGAAGUUUGUUAAAGAGAUGGAGUUGCAGAGGAUGCAGUUCUUGAGAACUCAGAUGGAGAUUACGCAGAAGAAUCAAGAGGAAGAGAGGGGGAAGCUAAGGAUCAAUGAUGAUGAUGAUGAUCGCAAUGUCAAGAAUAAUGGCGAUGUAAGUAGCUGACAACUUGAAACAAAUUAUGAUAUUGAUAUGAUUAAAAGACGUCUCUAGAUUGCUGGAUUAGGAUUUAACGUUAUUGUUGUUGUUGUGCCUUGUGGGUUAUGUAAAUGUAGAAGCUUAUGAUGGGUUUAGAGAACUGUGAUCAUCAUCUAUCAUGUUGUUGUUAUGUUAUCUUGUCUGAAACAAGGGCAAAUUAAAGAAUCGAACUUUUCUUAGUAUAAA